GGACAUAGCCAAAGUCCACUAACUAGAGGAGAAUGCUGCACAGAGACGCACACUAUCUGAGCGACUUCAACAGAAGUCCAGAGCGUUCUGUCAUGCUGAAAUAUAGACCCUUUCCUUAUGAGACCAGCCCCAACUCUGAUUUUCGUGGUAAAGGUCGCGUGGUCACAAACAGCCGCGAACGCUGGCGCCAACAGAAUGUGAAUGGGGCGUUUGGCGAGCUGCGGCGUCUGAUUCCCACUCACCCCCCAGAGCGCAAACUCAGCAAGAAUGAAAUCCUACGGCUCGCAACCAAGUACAUCCACUUCCUGGAACAAGUCCUACAAGACCAAGACCAGGACAGGGACCAAGACCAAGAUCAAGAACUGGAUCAAGACCAGGAUCAAGAACUGGAUCAAAACUUGGAGCAUAGCAUAGAACAGAACCUCCAGGAGAGUCAGAGCAGCGGCUGCACUCUGUCCCCAACUUCGAGCUAUGACAGUGGGAUCGACUGGAGCCCGCGUAGCCUGAUGGAGGAGCUGGACUCUGUGGCUCUGAGUUUCAACUAAAAAAAACAAACUAAAAUGUUUCGUUUUUUGUUCAAAAAGCUGGCUUCAUUUUUGAGAAGUUUGGCCUGACAAGAGAAACACAAAGUAACUGCGUCAAAAUGCAGGUUUGUGAAUAGGCACAAUACAACUGAAAAGCUGUCCGGGUUACAAAUAAUAUGGGCUUUCUUCAUAUAAUAUGUUACAAAUUCCAAAUUAAGGGGCUGAUACUAUGCACAUUUUUUAUCUAUGUUAAAAUGUAUUGUCAAGUGGUAGCCCUAAUAAUAAUACUAGAAAAAUCACUUUCUAUUGUUUAAAAUAGUGCAUCUAGAAUCUGAGAAAAUAAAAUCUUAAUCCUUAUAAUUUUCUAAACCAACAGUUGACCAUUUUAUUUAAAUUGGAAUUAACACCCAAGCUCUCCUCACAACCACAUUUCAAAUAGAGCUGCUAAACUGGGCAGUACCUGGAGGACGAAAGGCGAGAGUGAGGGGGGAGUAGGAGUAGGGGUGGGGUCUGGACAUAUGAAUAGCAGUGUGAUUGGUCUAACAGGUAUCCAUACUGCAAACUCCGCCCAUGCAGCCAGUUGUUUGUAAUCAGAAAAGAAGUUUUGCAUGAUGUCACCAACUACAACUACUACCCACUUGAGCCAGGACACACCAUUUUUUAAAUACAAUUUUGCUGCAAAAAAUGACUAGGAACACAACACAAUGGUAUUCAAACACCACAAACACAGUUUAGUAGCAAAAAGGUUGAUUUAGUGAGUGUUUAGUUCCACUUUAGAUAAAAUGAGAUUUCUUUCAAUUCAAUAUCACAAGACAUCCAAUGAAAAACUUGAUAUUUUGAAAUUGUAAUUUGCAUUUUUCUUAACAAUUUUUUUACCAAAUGUGUGAAUUCUUUGCAUUUUACUCAAAUUCAUGUUGAAUCUUGCCCUAUUAUUUGUGAUUUCAGUGGUAUUCAGUCAGUGCCAAUUCAUCGUUUUAAAUACAACAGAUUUGGUCUUUGGUUUUUAAAGACAGUUUGUUGAUGUCUGUUUAGUGGCAGUGGAGUGGAUUUGAUAUUCAAGUCGCUCCCUGUAAAUGUUUGUAACUGAUGUUCAGAGGUGGGUAGUACUCAGUCACAUUUACUUGAGUAACUUUUAAAAUAAAUUGUAGUUUUCAGAGUAAUUUUCUAGCAGCAUACUUUUACUCCUACUUGAGUAAUAUUUUUAUUGAAGUAACAAUACUCUUGAGUAAAAAAAUUGUUUACUCUUCUCAGUGUAAGUCCAUGAGUAACAAAAGCUUUAUGUUAAUAUGAAAUGAUUUGAACAUCUGUGUUUUUUGUACCGCUGCUUCAGUUAUAGUGCACUUUUUCUCAUUUUUGUUUCUAUCAAACAAAAUGCAGAAUUUGAGCAUCAUUUACUGUUUUGUCCUUCCAAUUACAUGAACUUCAAAUUUCCCGACAGUUACUCUUUCAGUUACUUUUGAGAAGUACUUUUCCAAAUACUUUUUUACUCUUAUCUGAGUAGUUUCAUGGACCAACGCUUUGCACUUCAAAAUAAUAUUACUCAAGUAGAAGUAAAGUUACUCUUACUCACAAUUUUUCUCUACUCUACCCACCUCUGCUGAUGUUAUUGAAGUAUUUUGACAUGAUUUUGAAUGUGUACUUGUAUUAGUUGUAGUGUUCUGCUGUAGUAGAACAUAUGUGUAACCAAAGCCUGCUCUUUUAUUUUGAAAGGAACAGCUGGUACUUCCUGUAAGAUGUUAAUUUUCUUUUAAACAUGUUUUUGGUCACCUUGGGAUAAUAUAAAUUUAAAAAAAAAUAUGUCUG